AAAGACACAUGAACAAGUACUCGUGUGAAGUGUUACCAUCAAGUAAUCAAGUAAUUGCUUACUUUAAUUCAACUUUUGUUUACAAAUAAUGACAAACACACACGUAAAUGUGUACAUAUAGGUACGUGUGUGCAUUACCCUCCUCUAUAAGAGUGAUCAAUUCUAUUGAAGUUCAGCUACACAAUAUUCUCGACCAAUUCUCUCUCUUUACUUCUAUAUCUCUCUCUGAUGAAGGGAACACUAAGAUACUUAGCAGGAAUUGCAGGGCCAAAUGGGUUUGGCUCACGAUCUACAGCUGAACAAGUUACACAACACUGCUUUCUCCCUUACUCCCAUCUCACGGCCAUUAUCACUGGUUUGUCUUCGUUACACUUUAAAUGGAUGAUAUCAUUUGAAAUGCUUGGUAUAUUUAAACAAUUUUUGUGGAGUAGAAUCUCGUGUGUCCCUUUUGACGAAAGACAGGUUUCAAUAUCCUCUACAAAAAUAAAAGAACCCAAAUUUUGCUGCAAUACCGAAGCACAUCAUAGUUCUCCCAGAAUUAGAGGAACAUCUGGGAUCGGUGCGGAAACCACCAGAGUGUUAGCAAAAAGAGGGGUGAGAGUAGUAAUGGCAGUAAGAGAUAUGAAGAAAGCAGAAAUUGUGAAGGAGAGAAUCGUGAGAGAGAGCCCAGAAGCUGAUAUCGUAUUAUUGGAGAUUGAUCUCAGCUCUCUCUCUUCGGUGGCCAGAUUCUGCUCUCAGUUUCUUUCACAGGAUCUUCCCCUCAACAUUAUCAUAAACAAUGCAGGGAUUUUCUCUCCAAAUCUUGAAUUCUCAGAGGAAAAGAUUGAACUGACAUUUGCUACAAACUUUUUAGGACAUUACUUAUUAACAGAGAUGCUGAUAGAGAAAAUGAUAGAUACGGCCAAGAAGAGUGGAAUCGAAGGACGAGUCAUUAACCUUACUUCCGUGAUUCAUAGUUGGGUCAAGCCUGAUUGUUUCUCCUUCCCUGAAUUACUACAUCCCACUAAGUAUAAUGGUACAAAGGCAUAUGCUCAGUCAAAGCUGGCAACAAUUUUACAUGCCAAAGCGCUGAGCAGGCGAUUAAAGGACAGAAAUGCAAACGUAACGAUAAAUGCAGUCCAUCCAGGGAUUGUUAAAACAGGAAUUAUCAGAGCACACAAGGGUCUUUUGACAGAUUCUCUGUUUUUGAUAGCUUCGAAGCUCCUAAAGUCUGUAAGCCAGGGCGCAGCGACGACUUGUUAUGUGGCUUUGAGUAACGAAACCAAAAGGAUUAGUGGAAAGUAUUUUGCAGACUCGAAUGAGACAAAUUGCUCAGAUUUGGCGAAUGAUGUAUCUUUAGCUCUCAAGCUCUGCACCAACAGUCAUACCCUAAUCCAUGAUUAUUUGCAUCUAUCUCUUCCUAAUUUGAGUCUUCUGUAACUCUUCCUGAUAAAUAUCCGUUUUCUACUAAAAGAAAAUCCACCAAUUUAUUGAUGUAAAGUAAUUGUAUCAAGACUUAUCUCAUCAUCAUGUGUGUUUCCUCAUAGACCUCAGUAUUUUCCUCAAGGAUCUUUACCGACGUCUAAUGAUUUCAUACUUAACACUCAUUCUCAUU